AUGCAGCUAAUAGAGAAGACCGUGGAAUGCACUGGGUCGCAAAUUUUGAACAUGGAAAGCUAUCAUCAAGUGCUAUGGCAACGUCGGUUGAUGGCAUUCGCGACAUUUCUGACCAUUGUAGGUGCUCAAUUUGUUUGUUUUUGUUGGUUUAGGAACAGAAACUGAGGCGUUAUUGCUGCAGGACAUAAAUUAUUUAAUGAGAAACGUGCCAAAUGUCAUGGAAAGGAAGGAAGAGAAGAGGAAGGGCUUUUUUGAAGGGUUUUUGAGAGUUUUAAAAAGUUUUAAGGAUUUGCAUACUUAAAAAGUCAUAAAACAUGGUAAGACUGUUAAGAUUAAGCUAGCUAAAACUAAGCUUACGUCUACUAAGCCAAAUUCUCUGUAGUUACUAUGUAAGAUAUGUCCACAUAAGCUUCAAAUCUUCUGCCACUUUUCAUGUAACGCUUUCAAUAAUAUUUGAAUAAAAAAUAGACAAAAUUUGUGAAGAAUUACAUAAUGAGUGAUUUAUCAAAAUAGCCUUAGAGAAAUCGCAAGAAAUCUUAUUACGCAACUUUUUCUUAUGUAAUAUAUUUUAUUUGUGUAAUUUUUACCUCGAUGUAAAACGACCCAACAAAUUACUGCGAGUCCUAGGAUAACUACCAAAUUUGAUGGGGGGCUAUCUAACUUUUUUUCUGCGUUAUUUUAUGAGUAUAUAAACCCCAUCUUUGCUGCUAAAUAACGUCAUUUGUUCCAAUACUAAUACUUGGGUUAAGCCUAAGCCUAAGCCUAAGCUUAAGCCUAAGCCUAAGCCUAAGCCUAAGCCUAAGCCUAAGCCUAAGCCUAAGCCUAAGCCUAAGCCUAAGCCUAAGCCUAAGCCUAAGCCUAAGCCUAAGCCUAAGCCUAAGCCUAAGCUUAAGCCUAAGCCUAAGCUUAAGCCGAAGCCUAAACCUAAGCCUAAGUCCAAGCCUAAACAUAACUCCACUUUUACGCAAUAAAAAUUAAGCCUACAAAACGCAAACCGCUAAACAUAAGCCAACCAAGCCAAAAAGAUUAGCCUUAGAAAUUAAAACAUUUGUUUCGAAUAACGUUUCCAAACGUGACAUUUCAAAACAACGAUGACGAAAAAUUGACAGUUAUAUCUAUGAACGUAUAAAAAGCAAUUUCAGCUUGGCAUCUUCGCUUUUCUCGUGGCCGUAUUUCAUCCAGAUUGGGCUAUUUUGGACUUUGUCAACACUGAAUUUCAAAAAGUCAACGUCCGGUUAGGGGUUUGGGGAGAAUGGCGAAAACUUAACACUACUAACAUAAGUAAGUUUGUAAUUUUGGUACCUAAUUUCAGGAUUUUUGAAAUUUUUUAAAAAAGUAGGUAUUUUUUUAUUUUUUUAUGUUUUAUGUUGUUUAACUGAUUUUUAAGCCUAAUUUUAAGCCUAAUCUUAAGCCUAAGCCUAACCGUAAGCCUAAGCCUAAGUGUAAUCUUAAGCCUAAGCCUAAGUUUAAACCUAACCUUAAUCGUAAGUCUAUUCAUAAGCCUAGUCAAUGUCGAGCAAAAAAGAAAGAAUUUUUAUAAAUUUUUAAAAUAUUUAAUAGAAAAUUUUAAAACUAAUUUUACAAAGUUAAUCUUUAAGUUAUCCUUUUUAUGAUUACUUUUUAUUUUAGGCGAAUACACCCCGCAUUUCCCCGAACCUCCGGGCGGGCGGAUACUUCGCUUGGCUGAUGAAGACAUAAAACGUAAGUGCAGCUGUUCAUAACGAUUCUAUUGAUUUGAAGCCAAUAUGACAAUUUGCCUAUUCUGAGGCUAAAAUGACAAUUUCGAACGGAAAAAAAGGCAGUUUUCUUGUUUCGAAGGGUUGGAAAGCCAGUUUUAUUUAUUAGCAAAUUUCAAACAAAUAAAGAAGAAAAGCCUCAAGAAGACAUAAAUCAAAGAGGAAGGGGAAGAUGCAUGUUUUAAGAUUGUCGUGCUUAAUGGAGACGGCGCGGGUUAAAAUAGAAAAUAGUAUUGUUUUGAAAAGGAUUAUAGGGGUUUUAUAGGUAGAGUGUUGUGGGGAGAGGGUGUAAUUUCAACCGACAGAAGCAGAGAUAAACAAAAUACAGUCGAACUUCUGUAUAACAAACACCUCUAUAACGAAAAUCCGGUAUAACAAACAAUUUUGAAAUCCCCAGACAACGUUACACAGUAAAUUUUAAACUCAUGUAUAACGAAACUCUUUUAUUAGGCGCGACAUAAAGAAACCACCAUUUUUUACAAGAAAUUACACGGAAAGUAUGGCGGGUUCUUUAUGUCGGCAUCUAAUAUAACGAACAAAUUUCAAGUCCUCGAGUGAUUAGUUAUACAGAAGUAACACUGUAACACUUUCAAUUGUAAAAAAUGUUUUUGUGGGUAAGGGUGGAUCAAAAAAUUUUUAUUGUAGAAAAAUAUUGAAGUUGUAAAUAUUAUAGUACUAAAACGCAAAUUCUGACAAAAAAUUUAAAAAAAAAAUUUCAGAUUACUACCGUGCUCAAGCGGCCUUCUGUGUAAUAUCACUUGUGAUUAUGUUUUGUAAUAACGCCUUUGCCUUAUAUACAUUCACACAUCAUCGAUACAUUUACAAACGACUGGUCGGAGGUAUUCACUUCUUCAUUGGUAGGUUUAUGUCUUAAGUUUAAAGGAAUUAGGUGUCGACAUAAAGAACCCGCCAUUCUUUACAGAAAAUUAAAGGAAAAGUAUGGCGGGUUCUUUAUGUCGGCACCUAAUACUAUGAUAAUGAGCUAAAGACGUUAAUUUGUUAGUAUAAUACUUAAUCCUGCUGAAUUUAAAAAUUAAAAUUUUAAAAAGUUAAAAAUUUUUUAAAAUUUCAUUUCUAGCCAUGUGCAUAGUAGUAGCGAUGGAAGUGCUAACCAGUAGUGUAGACGAAUGGAAUACAAACAUAGCUGAAAAGCAUCGUAGUAAUCAGGACUGGGACUUUUCGACCGUCCAACAAAACGGACUGGCUUAUUACAUUGCAGGUGGUGUGGUGGGCGUGUACAUUUUUGCUGGCAUUGCCUUUUUCAUCGCUUCGCACAAACAAAAAGGGUAUCGUGCGGCGACUUCUGAAUUUGAAAUUGAGGAUAGGGAAAUUGAAAUUGGACGGUAA